AUGCCCGAUCUGUACUAUCUUCCCGGCUCGUCACCCUGCCGGGCAGUUCAAAUGGUGGCCGCAGCAUUGGAUGUUCCGUUAAAUUUAAAGUACCUCAACCUGAUGGCCGGCGAGCAUCGGAAGCCCGAGUACUUAAAACUAAAUCCUCAGGGAUCGAUCCCCACGCUGGUGGACGGUGAAACGGUGGUGCAUGAAUCGAGGGCAAUUCUAAUGUAUCUGUGCGAUCGGUACUCCCGCGAGGACAGUUGGUACCCGCGAGACGUCCUUCGACGUACCUCCGUCAACCAGCGACUGUUCUUCGACGCGUGUGUCCUGUAUCCGCGGUUUACCGAAUUCUUCCAUCCGCAAGUGUUUGGAAACGCCGCGCCCGAUCCGAAGAAGCGGGAAGCAUUCGAACGUUCGGUCGGGUUGUUGAAUACCUUUUUGGCUGACAGCACUGAGUGCUUCGUGGCUGGACCGCGGAUGACCAUCGCCGACAUCAGCAUCUUUGCCACACUGACCACGGCUAGUGAGUUGAGCUUCGAUCUUCGAGAGUUUACGAACGUCCAGCGCUGGUACACCGGAAUGAUGGAACGAUGCCCGGGUGCUGCAGCGAACGUGGCCGGAGCGAAAGAGUUUCGUACGUACAAGUGA